AUGUUUCAGCGUAUGUUGAACGGCGGGUCCCACCGGCAGCGCCUGGAGCUGCACUCCGCCAUGGUCGCAAUGGAGGUCUCCGCUGCUCCGCCGUCCGCGCACUCCCCGUGCCCCUCCCGCUCCCCUAUGUCCACCGCGGUCGAGUCCCCCAUUUCCUCCACGCGCCGCAUGUCCCUCCAAAUCGACGAUCUUGAGCGUCCGAUGCACCGAAACAGCGUCUACAACGCGCCAGCGGCGAGUGCGGCGCCGGGGGCGACGGACUGGGCGUGUCUCUACGCGCCGCACAAUGACCCUUCCCGCCGCCGUCGGUCGCUUGACUGCAUCCGCUCGGCGCGCAAAUCCGACCGCUCCGCUGCUGCUAUUAACGCGGUCAACGACGCGAGUAGCGUGGACGCGCGCAGUCAAGCGCUGCACGCCGCGAACGGCGCGGGGGGCGCGGGAUCCGACAGCGAGGAGGAGGUCUGCAGCACCCGCGCGGAGCGUCGGGGGACAGCUGCUGCGCAAACAUCGCGCCAGCCGCGGAACGUUUUUGGCACGAACCCUUGGCAGGCGGGGACAGUCUCUGGGGAUAUUGCCGCGGGGGUUCAGAGGGGGCAGGCGGGAGGCGCGCGGCGGGGAGGAGCUAUUAACGACUGCGCGAUGGAUGUGGAUGGGGGGGACGGAUGGGGGGGAGUGGAGGCGUGGGGCGGAGUGGAGCAGGCGAUGCACCCCGCGGGGUUGAUGCAGGCGCGCGCAGCCAUGGUGGCGCAAGGCGCGGGGAUUGGCGGCGCACAGCCGCAUGCAAUAGCAGGCUCGCACCGGGGUGCCGUGAUGUCGAACCCAUGGGCCAGCUGA